AUGCUGCCUUGGCCCUUCUCUCGUGUCGAAUCUGUUCCAGUUCUACAAAUUGCACCUGCUCAGGCCGUUGUUACAGGCUUUGGUGUACGCAAACGUCGUUUAUCUUUAUCAGCCUGGCUGCAGCACUACGAGAAGCCGGGUGUCGCUCCUCCGUCUGCGCGAGUAGAUCCUUUGCUACAACAACGGGAAGGUCAUGGCAUUGGUAUCUGGGAUGCGUGUAAGCUUGGUGCGGUCGUUGCCUUGAAAGUGACCGAGAUGGCAGGAGACGUGCUGUCUCAUCAUAUUUGGGGCCCGCGAAAGAAAUCGUGGGGCAUACAGAUGACGAUAUUCACAAGCCUCAUGCGUGACGCAGGGCGGCAUUCUGAUCUCGUUGACAUUGCUACAAUUCGUAUGUUUAUCGCUCUUAGCAGACUGGUUCCUUUACCACCAGAUGCGCUGGUGACUCCUGUCACUUUCUCUGUCAAGAAACGCGGUCUUCGUGGGAUUUUGACACAAUAUGAUGCCCAAGAAACCGGGUCGCGUGAGCUCUCAGGCGAAUGGGUGGUCAGUAAGACUUUGUGGAGACGUCUACAAGCGGAGUGGAAGGCUUCACGGGCUGCGCCAGGCUCUCACCCACCUACCACACCCCACAAGCAGCGAAAAGAAAGAGUGAUUCUAUACCUGCACGGAGGCGCAUACUAUCUCUUCAGUCCUUCUACCCAUAGAGGGAUCACUAUACAACUGUCCAAAUUUGCUGAUGCGCGCGUAUUCGCAAUCGACUAUCGGCUGGCUCCUGAAACACGAUUCCCCGGGCCUUUACACGAUGCGGUCGCCACGUAUUUCAGACUCAUUGAUGACCUUCACAUUCCCCCAGAGAAUAUCCUAAUAGCCGGUGACAGCGCUGGCGGCGGUCUUUCUCUUGCCUUACUCAUGUACCUUCGAGACAAUCGCUAUCCUCUGCCUGCCGGUGCUAUACUCAUGUCACCUUGGGUCGACUUGACAAUGAGCUGUGAUUCGUGGGAUAGUAACGCACAGUAUGAUAUCGUUCCUUUGCCCACUCCUGGAGAUGCCCUGGAUCCCAUUGCUUGUUAUCUGGGUCCGCAUAUGGAAAGAUACUUGACCCAUCCAUAUGCAAGCCCAUUGUUUGGCGAUUUUAGUGGAUUGCCGCCCAUGCUCAUUCAAUCUGGUGAAGCGGAGGUUUUACGGGACGAGGUUACCCUUUUGGCCCACAAGGCAUCCCUCGCAGGCGUAGAGGUAAGGCAUGAGCUCUACGAGGACGCAACCCAUGUUUUCCAGGCCUUCCCCUUUCUUGAUGCCUCGCAUGAAGCGUUUCUCUCCUGUCACAAUUUCGUGCACAAUGUGCUACCUCUUCUACAAGUUCAAUCACCGCAAGUCCUCCACAUUUCCGCUCAGACAGAGUUGACGCACGAGAUCGACAACGUCAUGGCAAGAGUGGUGCGAGGCAAUGGAAUGGAGAAGGCAUCUGCCAGCAUCAACGACUCAUCUACGGAUGACAGUAUUUCAGGCAGCGAGCAAGAUAUCGGCGACGAGAUUGUCCCACGCACGUUAAAUCGAAGUUACAAAGGCCCCAUGGAAUCGGAAUCGGACUCGGAUGACGAUGAGCCAUCGCUUUCUAGUUUGAGAUCACCUGGUUCUCCAAGGCGAGAUCGGGUUCUCGUCGGUCGACACCAUACUGCGAUCAGAUCUGGAAGGCGAACUUCGUUCCACACCCAUCGCCACGUCCGCCUUACCUCUCUCAACAUGUCGACGAUGGUACCCGCGCCCACGCCAACAAUCCGCUCAAGCUCAAGUCAUCCCAAUAUCCACUCGCUGUGCCAGCAGUGGGAGCGCUCUGGGCCUGCAAACGUGACGACGACAUAUGCGUCACAGUCGGCAGAAGAUGGUGCACGGAAUCCCAAACCUCGAUUUCACCGGUCCUCGUCGUUUUCUUAUUUCUGAAAAUUUGCAUGAUUAUCACGGGCGUGUUCCUUCAGUGUUGACAUAGCGUGGUGAGAUUUGAGCGGGCUUCUCAUGAUUUCCAUCUUUCCUUCGCUGUUGCUUUCUGUAUUCUUCACGAACAGACAGUGAUCACAGAAGACAAGCACCUGUAUUUCUAAUUACUGUACUAAUAUUACCACAUGAGGAAUUUUCGAG